AUGAGACGUACAACUACAGCAUCGUCAUCAUCAACAACAAAACCAGCUACUAACACGCGUACCACUUCUACACAAAAGACCUCAACAUCAUCAAGCACAACUAAUAUUGCCACAACAACCAAAAAUUCACGCUCUACAAGUUCACCGUCAAAAACAACAACGACUACUAAAUCGUCUACACUUUUAUCGCCAACAACCAAAAAUUCACGUCCGUCAAGAUCACCCUCACCCUCAUCAAGAACUUCUACUACCACCACCGCUAGUGCUUCAAGAGCGAAAGCUUCUGUACCUUCUUCCGCCUCUUCUAUUAAAGAACACAUCGCACAAGCUAGAAUACGUAAAGCAAAUGUUAAAGCUGAACAAGCUGUUGAAAAUGAGCUUGGUCCUAAAAGUCUAGGCGUUGUAGUAAAACAAGCAAAAUCUUCUGGACGAUUAAAUAUUUCUCAUUGUUCACUGAAAGAAAUUCCAGAAGAAGUAUGGAAAAUGUAUGAAGUGGAUCCUAAAUCUAUUACAUUAGACUUUAGUAGCAGUAGUUCAGAUGUUUGGUAUGAAACUGUUAAUCUUUUAAAGUUAAUUGUUGCUGAUAAUCAAUUAGAAAAGAUUGAUAAAAGAAUAAUAGAAUUUGAUGCAUUGGUAUUUCUUGAUUUUACAGAAUUACCAAACUGUAUAUAUGAACUAUCAUCAUUAGUUGAAUUGAUGAUUUCAUCCAAUCAAUUGACAGGAACAUUGGAUAAAUCAUUUGGAAACUUAAAGAAAUUAGAAAUUCCAAGUGAGACAUUUUUUGGGAUGAAUCAAUUGGAAGAGAUCGAAGCAAGUGAAAAUCAAUUGGAAAUUAUAUUCUUAGGGUUAAAUGAAAAUCAAACCAUAACACUACCAUCUUUAAUAAGAUUAGAUGCGAGACAAAAUAAAUUAAAGUCUAUAGUACAUGAAUCAAAAGAUUCCACAAUAUUUAAUCCAUCAAUAAAAUUGCCAAAACUUAAGGAAUUACUUUUAUCAUUUAAUCAAAUGGACUCUCUUGGACUAUUACUUCAUAGUACAAUUGAACUCGAAAUAUUAGAUAUUGCUAAUAAUAAAUUUAAUGAUAUUCCCGAAGGACUACUAUCAUUAAAAAAUUUAAAAAGAUUAGAUAUACGAAACAAUCAACUUAGAAUUUUGGCACCAGAAUUAGGAACCUUAAUUUCAUUAGACGUUUUAUUAUGGGAUGGUAAUCCUCUCAGAAAUAUCCCAAAAGGUCAAAAAUCCACAGCAGCUUUAUUAAAAUCAUUAAGAGCCAAACUUUCUACAUUUGGACCAACAAUUCCUGAGAAUAGAUCAAACACAUCCAAGAGUUCAUCCUCAAGUAUUUUAGGAACAAUACCUCAACAACAAAUUAAUUCAAGAAGUUUAGAUUUAGCAAAAAAGAAUCUAAAUGAAUUACCAGAAUCAGACCUUGAGGAUUUGGGUUUUGAACCUUCAACAGUAAUCUUAAGUUUCAACUCAUUUACAAGUAUUCCUAUUGGAUUUUUUAAAUUAUUUAAAAUGAACCUAAAACACCUUCAUCUUGAUAAUAAUAAAUUCACAACAUUCCCUAUAUUUGAAGAUAAAACUUUGGAGUUACCUAAUCUUGAAACAUUAGACUUGUCAGCAAAUCAAUUGACAUCAUUACCAGAUGACAGUCAACAUACAGCAUUUCCCAAUUUAAAAAUAUUUAAUGUGAAUAAAAAUCGUAUAACUGAAUUACCAAAAAAAUUGCCAUUUCCCCAAUUGACAACAUUCUUGGCCACAUCAAAUAAACUUGGAUCUAUCUCACCUUCAACAUUUGAAAAUAUGGAGGUAGUGGAUAUUUCUAAUAAUAAUAUAGGAUUUUUGCCACCUGAAUUGGGAAAUCUGAUUACUAUUAAAACACUUAUAGUUGAAGGUAAUUCAUUUAGAGUUCCAAGAUAUACAAUUGUACAACAAGGAACGUCUGCUAUUAUGGAAUAUCUAAGAGGCAGAAUUCCCAAGCCAUAA